GCGCAGAUCUAGGAACGCUUUUACUAGUGGCUAGGCCGGCAACACGCACUCGUAAUUAAACCAAACGAUAGUGGUGCAAAAUUUGGGACCGGCUCUGUUUUUGUUUCGCUGCAACUACAAGGACUUUGCAAAUUUUACUCUAAAAUCAAAAGCAAAGAAAGAAAAAAGGACUCAGAAUGGAUUUCAUGACCCUCCUCGCCUUAGCAAUGUCUGCUGUACUGGUGUCCAUGGUCCCCAGCUUGCACGCCUUCUCCACAUCAGAGCUGGACGAGGCAGACCAGGCAGGCGAUCCGGCUGACCACUCGUACCUCGAGCUCAGGAAAUCGCUGCAGAAACUUCUCCAGCUGUCGGACCUGCCCAUACAGGACUCAGUCCUCACCCGCGUGCCCUCCUUCACCCUCCACGACGUACUCAGACAAGUUCUCUACGAGCGGGGUAUGACGAAACAGCAAGCCGAGGACGUCAUUUCCGAAGUUAUCCAGCGUUUGGAGUCGAGGAUAAGCCCGAACCGGAAGCGAGGCUUCAGCAGGUUUUCCGUGCAGGCCAGAUUCUCUCCCUUCGGCACGAAACUCGUCCCCAACCGGAAGUUGGAAAAGGGAGGUGGCACCCUGCUUAGAUAUGGCAGAAGUCUGUAAACUUUUGGCAGUGUUUCAACAUUAAGCUGUGUUGUCACUUCAAAAAGUGUAAGAUUACAUUUGGAAAGAAAAGAAUGAGAAGAAAUAAUCGUUAUAUUCGUCCAUGUAAAAUUUGUUCUUCCAAUGCUAUGUAGACAGAGUUAGAGCUUGCGGGGAAAUAAGGAACCCCUCAGUUUUUAGUGUUAAAGAUCAAAGGGUCAAAGAAUAUAAGUACUCAGUUGCCUGUGUUCAGAAUUUAGAGCA